UCCAAGAGUGACGUGAUGACGUCAGCGGAAGACUUUGGCAGAGUCCCUUUUCAACUUCGCCCCUCGUCUGUUUUUUGGAGUGGUGAUGUUUGUGCUGUCGGAGAAGUGACAAUGCCUGUCGAGAGUUUACCAGUUUGUGACGCACCCCUUCAUUUUCGUGUCCUCCAGCAAUAUCUGCUUCUGCUGAGGAAAUACCCCAUUCUGACGAAGUCUGUAACGAGUGGCAUCCUCUCAGCAUUAGGCAAUCUUCUGUCUCAGAUUGUGGAGGCAAGAAAAAAGGCCAAAAAAGGAGGCCCAGCCAGUGAGAUUGAUGCAGCUGGAGCUGCACGAUAUGCCAUUUAUGGAUUAUUAAUUACAGGACCGGUGAGCCAUUACUUCUACCAGCUUAUGGAGGUGUGGAUGCCCACCACAGACCCAUACUGUGUAGUCAAACGUCUACUGUUGGAUCGGCUUUUUUUUGCCCCUGGCUUUUUGCUGCUUUUCUACUUUGUUAUGAACAUCCUGGAGGCUAAAGGGUGGGAGGACUUUGAAAAGAAGAUGAGAAGAAGUUACUGGACUGCUCUGAAGAUGAACUGGAAAGUUUGGACUCCCUUCCAGUUCAUCAAUAUCAACUUUGUGCCUGUUCAGUUCCGAGUGCUCUUUGCCAACGUGAUCGCCUUAUUUUGGUACGCCUACCUUGCAUCAGUGAGGAAAUGAAGCCUCCAGGAUUUCUUCACAGGAAACGAUGCAGAGGGAAAGGUCUUCUUCACUGUAGCUUUUCUGGCUUGGGAAUGCCAGAGACCUGAGGUCAUGCAAACUGUUACCAAUCUGGACAAUAAUUUUCAUACUCAGUAGCUCCUCUGAUUAACUUCAAGCAAACCUGUUCAAUACGUUUUAAUGUGCUGCUUUGAUAUUUUGGAUAUAUGACUGUGUUUUAAUAACAGAACUGAAUAAAUGUACUUUAUAAUUAACUUUUCUUUUUUUUUUUUUUUUUUUUUAAACAAAGCACUGUCAAAAUCUUGUGUAAUAGUAAACCUGAAUAAUAUAACUGAGACUCUUUCAAAUGUUGGAGUAAUGUAAAAUGUACAUAUGCAAUGCUUAAGUCUGCUUCUAGUGGUUUGUGGUCUGGCAGAAAAAUGAAACACCUCCAACAAGAGAGUGGAGGAAGGUACAGGCAUUGGUGGAAGAAGUACUCAGAUCCUUUACUACAGUAAAAGUACCAAUACAGCGAUAUAACAAUACUCCAUUAAAAGUAAAAGAGUUAGUUUACUGAAGCUGUCUCUGCAGGUGGUGGCUGCUAUCCUCUGCACAGGGCGGUGUUUCAGUCUCUGGUCCCUGCAGAUGGUACUGUACGGUUAAUGAGAGGUUCAAAUUUUUACUUCAUAUACAAAGAAUGUUAAGGUUUAAUUUGACCUUGUGCACAUUAAACAAAAAAAAGGGGUAGGUAACUGAAGUAGGGAGGGAAGACUGUUGUGGAAAAAUAAAGACUCCCCAGUCAGGAGCUCUGUGUGCAACAAAUUAAAUCUCAAAUAUUCAAGGGAAGGAGGAAAAUAAAUUCUCUACAUAAAAAUACUUGCUUUCAGUUCUCCCAACUUUGGGUUUGGAGUUGUAUUAAUUCAUGCCUUUUGCCUUGAGAUGCACCAACGUCACUAGUUACUCCUUACUUGUACAUCAGAGAUAAGAGGUUUCAGCCAGAAUGUUUUACCUUGAACCUCAAAUGAUUCAUUGUCUUACACAGCUCAAACCUGUUGCUUUCCACAAACAAUGCCCUGUCAGACACAUAUAUUUCAAGCUCAACCUUUCUUUUCUUACUUCUCCUAAAAUAACUACAUUGAAAAUUGUACUCAGGCUUCAUUUGGGUUACUUACUUGAACAUGUGAACUUGAUUAAACAAGACUAAUCAGUG